GCCGGGUGAAAACAUCACGUAAGCUACGCGGGCUACGCGUAACGCGAUCAAAUGUUUAGAGCAUUGUCGUACCAUGCGACGUCAGGCGAAAUAUGAAUUCUUCGACCACUCACGGAUAUUUCUUGAACGGGAUUUUCUCAACUUUUCAAUUGCAUUAUGACGACGAACACAUGCCUUUGGAAGAAAAUAAUGCCACUUCGGAUAAGUGAAUGCAACGGAAAUAAAUUACUCAUAUACGUGCAUAAUAUCAACUAUAAAAAAUACAGCAGUGUCUAUGCAGAAGUUUUCUCAACAUUCGAAUGCGAUAUAAGUAUUCAUAUUUUCAAUUUCCGUGUGAUAGUCAUCGGCGAACUUGAAUAACCGUAAAACCUCGAUAGUAUACAACCCAAAUGUAGAUGGCAGUUGGCAACGCACGUUACAACGACGGCACAACAAGGUGUGUCUCGACGCUUUUCGUUACUGGAUGAAUAAUAGUAAAUCCUCAUUGAUUACAGUUCGACAAAAUCAAGUAUUUUCAUACACGUGCGAGCGUAUAACAUAGUUUCAAAAUGAAUUAUGGAAAGAAAUCACCGAGCAUGGGCACACCAUCGAUAUAUUCGCACGUGACAACUCGCAGUAGCGCGAAUCUCAAAUCAUCUAGAUCUGUGCGAAGUGUGAAAAUACCUUGGUAUCAGAAGCCAAUUAUAACGAAUGCAAUCGUACUUGAUAUUCAACGAGGUGCUAUGAUGACUGCAAUAUAUGGUGUGUGUUUGGGAAUUUUCACCGUAUGCUCGGCGGUAUUUGAUAUCUAUUGCCUGUCUCAAGCUGCUCCUGGGUCGACUCAUUACGGAUAUUAUGUAAUAUCGUACCAAUUUGUCUACGUUGGAAAUCAGCAUGUUCGCAACGCUCUUAUUGUAUUCGCUCUCUUUUCAAUGAUUGGUGGAAUGGCCGUUUUUGUAACGUCGAUAAUGCUACUGAUAGCACUGACCAAGGAGUAUGAGAAGAAAAUGCUCCCGUGGGUCUACGUUUUUGCCGUUUUCACCAUCUUCAGAUUGUUCGCAUUCAUAUUCUUCAGUAUCGUUAAUGAUAUGAUAUUUGCCUACAAUAUCAUGAUGUGCCUCCUGUGGAUCGUUUUCAGCUGUUUAUCCAUUUAUGGCUGGCUACUCGUUUAUUCGUUGUAUAUCGAACUCAGCGAUUUGACAAAACUUGAAGACUUGGCACAUUUAAGGAUGGGAACCAUGCAGUCACUUAAUGCGUCGACAACUCACUCUAUAGCAGGUUCUAGACCUACGACUCCACACAGUACUGUGUCAACAAUGCCCGUGAAUUGAUAUAAUUUGCCGUAUUUGUUCGGAAUGAUAUAUGCUUCUUUGCACAUACUAUUCAGGGGUGUUACGCAAUACGCAAAACUUGGAAACCUGAAAAUGUCUGAAUAUUUUUUUAUCAUAUAAGCAAAUCAUUAGCCUAUGUUCAUUGUAGAGAAGGAACCGCUAGUCCAGAUCCAUCCUCGCCAAGACAAAAAUCUGAUAGCUAUUUUAUUGGGUUUCUCUUUUUCACUUUCAAUUACAAAUGUCUUCCUGUUCCUUCACAGUACUGUUAGAAAGGACUUGAAGUUGUCAGCGAAGAAUUCGUAACAACCCUGUUAUUGAAUAGGACUAUUUUUUAAAUUUAUUUAUCAGGCACAGGUUGGCAUUCUGUAAGAACGUCAUGAAAAUUUUUUCCAAACAGAGAAAUACUAUAUUUCUGUGCCUUAAUAUUAUUUCAUCAUGUCAUAAUUAACUGUUUGAAAUAUAAUUGAUCACUAUUACUGUGACGUUUGCAAUCGUGCGUGCAGUUGAUCAUCACUUCAGAACUGCAUGCUGAAAAUGCUUAUAAUUUUAAAUUAGUAUUCACUUUCUUCGAAUUUAUUUCUCAUGGAGCUGUACAAACAAUUUAGUGAUUGAUCAUAUCAACCUGAAUUUUAUCCGUCCAAAAUAUAACGAUAAGCUAGAAUUAAUUAUAUUCAGAGUUAGGAGUUCUUAGAAUGUUAGUGUUUGAAAAAUUUUAACAAUUUUACAUACCAAUUGCUAUUGAUAUACAUUUACUAUUUCAUUACAUAUGUAUGCAAUACAUAUAGAAUAUAUAAUUAUUCACAAGUCGAGCAUGAAAUACUUGCAUAUACCGUCUUAAAUUAUAAGCUUCUGAGCUUGAGUUAGAAUUUAUUUUUCUUUCAACAUUUGAACACUGUAUACUCGGUUUUUAAAUGGAUCGUUAAACAACUGUUGCAUUUUUACUUUUAUCUACACUUAUUCUCGCAUUUUAUAUUUUUUGUAUCUACAUUAUGUAAGAAACUAAUUGAUAUUUACACAGGUUGACCUGCCUUAAGGUAACUGAUAUUUAACUGAAUAACGAUCUUAUACACUCGAUUUCAGCGUUGACCGCGUAAUUAUUACAUUUAUAGAUCUGAAUAUCUUGUAGGAUCUAAUUUUGAAUGCUAAACAAUUCCGUCCAAACUUGGCGUCGUUAAACGCCGAUUAACCAUCGAUAUUAAUAUAUAUUGACUUAAUAUUGUAUUUAAGAAAUUUUGUCGUGUAAAAGAUUGCAACGUAUUUUUACAUCUAAAUAUACGAAAUGGAUGAGAAUAAAUCACUCUUCGAAAAGCUUUAUGCAGUUAUUUCCACGAUAUCAAAUAUGUACAAUCUGAAAGUAAUGGAUAACUGAGUAUUUGCAAAGAAAAACCCUUUAAUUCAAAUUAAUUUGUUCUGACUGAAUUAAUAUUUUAAAUUUAAAAUAAUUUCGUAACUCAAUCCAAUUAUACUCAAUUCAUUUGAUUCAAUUCAUUUUUCACAAUAAUUCACUAUCAUUCAAGUAAUAUUCGGUCGUGUCAAUUCAUAUUUCAUACUUUAUGUUACUUAAAAUUUUUUCGUUCAACACAAACUAAUUUUAUUAAUACUAAUUAAUUUUUUCGAUUUAUUUUUAAUUUGACAUCAUUACUGUUUUAUCAAAUCAAUUUUUUUUCUAAUAUUUGCAUCCCAAACUGAAUAAAGAUAAUAUAAUGCCGACAAAAAUCGAUAUGAAAGUACAAAUAUAAUGACUCAGCUUGUUUAGACUUUAAUAACUUAAAUUAGUUACGGUAUAUAUGAUCAAAGAAACGAUCAUUUUUUUAGGAACAAAACUGUAACAUUUCGCUGUCGAACAGCAGUACAAGUGAUCCAUUUUACGAAAAAAAUAUAUAGAUACCUAUUAUAUAUUGAGUGGAGAUUCAUCAAGACUUUGUAGGGUUUCCAGAUAUUAAUUGAACCUCAAAUUCUUUUGUUAAUCCGGGCACAGGUUUAAAGUCACUCCAAUUAAUGUGAAGUAAUUUAAUUGAUUCUAAACAAUUCUCGUUAUUUCAGUUAAUCGUUAAUAAUUCAGUCAAUUCACAACAAUUCAUUUUAUUAAAUUAGCAACAGUCAGUUUUCUUACGGUUGCAUGGCCAUUUUCAUAUUUGCAGAAACUAAUGAUUGUGCAGUUAGAAUAUGCCAAACAUGUGCUAAAAUUUGCCAGAAUCCGAAUUCCAUAGCGUCAAAAACGGAUUAGAUAACGUCGAAAAACGAGGUUCGUGGCUGCGCUUACACAUUUUUAUGAAAAUUUUCAUUUUUCGACAUUGUGUAUUCAAGAAUACUUCAGAAUGCACAUAGAAUCUUAAAAUUGGGGAGCUUGAAGGAUCUCGAUAUUCCGAGAUUUAUUACAACGUUGAUUUCAUCAUACAUUUUUCAUAUCACACACACACACAUACUCACGUACAAAGACGUCCAUCCGAAAAUGGUCGGAAGUCAUUCUCUAGACCUUAAAACGUCAAGAUUUGGAGAGAACUCAACUUUUCAUCUCCGGCGUGAUAAAAACAUUUCUCGUUAAGAUGAUUUUACGUUUAAUUGCAUAAGUUCAUAAACUUGAUAGAUUCGGAAUACACGGUAUUUGAUGUUUAUAACACAUAUAUUUCGAUUACAACCUAAUAUGUAAAAUUAUGGAGUACCGAUUACAAAGUGCAUUUCAUAUUUACAAACAUUUAUUGGACUUGGUUUAUUUCGUUUAAAAUUUAUGUUCCUUAAUUUUAUAAUUAUUUUUUCAAGCGUAUAUUCGAAUCUUAAUUGAAUUUCUUAUCGCCUAUAGAUAUGUAUAGUUAUAUAUGUAUCAUAUAUACAUACAUAUAUAUAUAUAUAUUUACUGACAAUACCAGCGCAAAAAAUAUGCGAAAAUAAUUAGUAUUAAAUAAUGGUUCGCACCACGGAGAGUGAAAUCGGCUUAAUAUAAUGUAUAAUAUAAAUUCUCUCCGAAAAUGCACGUUGUCGAUAUAUUAUCGCAAUAGGCAAAUGAUACAGUUUUCAUACACAAUUAGUUACUGACGAUACAACGUUGAAUGCGCGAUGGACACGGAGAGAUGUUGAAAUUAAAAUUGACUACAAAUGAUUAAAAAGAGUUUCACUCGCUUGAGCUAGAUCGUACAAUGUUUACAUAGAUCAUAGUUAUGGCUGCGCGUGUAUAGUACGUGUGUGUGUGUAUACGCAAUAAAAUUAUUUGGCUGUUAGACGUGUAGUAUGGACGUUUACGGGGGUCGCAGGUGAAUGUGUCUCCGGUUUAUGGAGGUAAUUGGAUUUAAAAAUAAAUAUACGCUGCCACGUAUUAUACUCGAAUGUUCAUAUGGGAGACUGAUUCGAUUACAAGGACUCGGAAUUUUUUCACUUUGUUAUUCCGCCGGGAAGGAACCGUGAAGAUAAAUCGAGGGCUUGCAGAAUUGUCGACCAUUUCAAAUUUAGAUCCUGAUAUCGGAUACCUGGAUCUAAUUACACAAACUGAUCUGUAUCUUCCUGGCAGGCGAAGUUCGCCGAGCCCUUGAGAAUCUCCAUUUCAAUUUCUGCAAGGAGCUCGGUUGUCGAAAUCAGAUACACCAAAAGAGAAGAAUUUACUCAUACUUAUACGUUCUCCGAUUCGCCAUUUCCGCCAAAGAAUACAAAUUUCAUAAAAACAGGUCUAAGAAGAUUAAAUUGAUAACAAGUCUAUCAUCUACACGGUACUAUGGGUGUAACCAAUAUUGAUAAAUUACACGUUGUAACGAACAUUAUUUACACAGAUUAAACGCCUAGCAAAGAAUAAUGCAGCAUGACGAAGAAUUCGAAUCUGUUUGUAUAAUAAUAGCGUUAAGAGGCAGUAUGGCGAUGUAUCAUUAUGUAAAAUUUAAAUAUAAUACAGUGUACACAAACAUAUACGUGAUAGAGAGUAUAUAGUUUAUAUUCGCAAUGGUGGUGCAAUGCCCGAAGUUACGGUGUAGUAGCUGAGACUUCGAGAGUUGUGGCGACGGAAUUUAGUUUUACCACAUAUUGUGAAUCGCUCGAAAUUUCCAGUAAAAUUGAGUGACAUGUGAAUAAAACAUAACUCCCGUUAUAGUCACAGCACUAAAGUAAACCUAAAGUUAUCACGAAAAACCAUAUUUUUACAUAGUUCAAUCACACUUAAAAAUUGGUUAAGUACACAAUUAUCAUAAGUUUAAGAUAUACUUCAGGCAUUCGUGAUAAUAAUAA